AUGCGGCGGCGGCUAACCCUGCUGCUCCUGCUGGCGGUGUGCCUGGCUGCCCGCCAUGCCGCCGCCCAGCAAGAUGGCGGCGGCUCCUCAGAGCUCACGUCCACGACUGCCAUGGAUGAUGGCAGCAACGGGGAUGGAGUGUCCUACACUGAUGGCGCAGCAGUGGACGGCACCGACAGCGAAGCUGGUGUGGAUGGCACCGAGGGUGACACCGGCGUGGAUGGCGCAGAUGGUGGUGGCGUGACUGCUGCCACAGACCAGGCCGACGACGGCAACGAGGAGGACCUGGCAAGCAGCAGCGACGAGCAGAUCAGCACAGAUGACGAGAACAGCGGCAUGUUCCCCCCCCCCAGCCCCGACCAAUUUGCCGCCGUCGACGGCGGCGACAUCAGCGCUCCCAUCCCCGCUUCCACCACCGCCUUCCCCAACGCCUCCCCCACCCCCGCUGAGCUGGCCACGAUGGUGGCCUCCACCAUCUCCAUCCUCACACCCAGCACCCCCUGGACCUACUCCUCUCAGCAGCCCUCAUACCCAGGCAAGAAGCCUGAGGUGCCGCGGGAUGCUGCGCCCGCGCCGGCCACCGUCCCCUCCUCCGCUGGCGACCAGGCCAAGGCCACAGUUGAUCCGCUGCCGAUCAAUGGCCUGGGCCGCAAGCUGCGCCAGGCCGCAGCAGCGGCGCCUGAACUGACCAAAUCUGCCAAGGGCCAGUGCCACAGCACCAAGCACGCGCUGGCACCUGAUGAGGCCACCUGCACGGCGUGGUGCGAGGGCCAGCUGGCGGCCGGCAAGGUGGAGGCUGCCGAGUACAGGCCGCGCUUCUACGACAAAGACGGCGCCAUGUGCUGCGGCUGCACCAAGAAGAAGGGCAAUACCACCGACACAAACACAACUGCCACGCCCACCACCGACACACCCACCCCUGUCAGCGAGGAUACCGGCACCGGCACGGGCGUCACCCCCAGCCCCAGCCCCAGCACCGCGCCGACCACGCCUGCCGCGCCGGCGCCGGCGCCGGCGCCGGCGCCGGCUACUGCUGAGCUGGACGAGGGCGCUGAUGGCGUGUACCUGUUUGCCUACACUCUGGUGCCCACAAAGGCCGGGGAGGAGGAGCUGAACGCGACCAUGUAUGCCGCUGCCAGCGCCAGACGGCUGCUGGACAGCCUGGAGACCACCGCAGGCGUGUCUGCCACCUCUGCCGACAUUGUGUUCCUGGGCAGCGGCAAGUAUGAGUUUGCGCCGGUGCCUCCAAAGUACGUGCGCCCAGUCUAUAUGCCGGCGCCCUCAACCCCCACACCCCCCACCGAGGCCGCCUCCACCAGCGGAAGCAACGGCAUGAUGAUUGGCAUCAUCCUGGGCAGCGUGGCUGCGGCGGCCAUCGCCCUGGCCCUUGCCGCCACGUUCUGCGUGCGCCGGCGCCGCCAGCAGAAGCUGAACGGCCAGGGGUUGGUGCACAAGUGGGAGUCAGAGCGGAAGCAGGCCGAGGAGGAGCGCAAGCGGCAGCAGGAGGAGCGGCGUGCGGCCAGCCAGGCAGCCAACGACCGCUACUGGGCACGGCAGCAGAGCCAGCGGGCGCGCAGCCAGAAGCUGGAGCAGCUGCGGUCCAAGCUGGGCAUGGGACCCAAGGACCACCUGGCUGCGGCGGCGGCAAAGAUGGAGGCGGCCGAGGCAGCCGAGGCAGCCAAUAGCGCUGCCGCGCCGCCGCCGCCACUGGAUGCAGAGUCCAGCGCCAAGUCGGUGGGCAGCAGCAAGGGCUCCAUGCCGGCACAAUCUGCCGCGCCUACCUACUCUCUGGAGGCACACACUCCCACCCCUCCCACCGAGGCACAGCCCCUGGCAUCGCUUGUGGUUCCAUCGCAGCUGCAACAGCCAAGCAGCGGCGGUCUGGCACCUGCGCCCAGCUGGGCCACCCGCGAUCCUGGCGCCGAGCCCAAGCCCAGCACAAGCACGUUUGGGAGGUGGUUUGGCAGGGGCUGA